GGGUGGAAUCUGUCAAGCCUCCAGAGAAGUCUGUGCCUGCUUUGCUGGGCUGUCAGAGGCAACCUCCUCGCUCCAGGAGGUGAUGGGGAUCCCCACAUUCCUAGCCCUCCCUGCUGCCAGGAGUGACCGAGCUGCCUGCACAUCCUGCCAUCCUUUGGACCACAUGCUACUGUGGACGGUUCUGCUAUUCCUCGCUCCUGUUGUUGGGAAACCUGCAGGUCUCCCGAAGGCUGUGGUGAACAUUCAGCCUGCGUGGAUCAAUGUGCUCAAGGAGGAUUACGUGACGCUGAUGUGUCAGGGGACCAACCUGUGUGAAGGCAACCUCACCCUGUGGUUCCAUAAUGGGAGCUUCAUCCAGAGCCAGAACCAGUCCAGCUAUAGCUUUAAGGCCAGCAGCAAUGACAGUGGAGACUACAGGUGUCAGAGAGAGCAGACCAGCCUCAGCGACCCUGUGCAUCUGUAUGUGACUUCCGGUCAGUGGAGGAAGGCCUGGGAGAGUCUGGGAGAACAAGGAUAGAAGAAAUCUGCUUACAUGGCAGAGGUUUUCCGGAAAGGGGAAUUGCCUGCUUACUGGGAAGCAUGGCUGUGAGUUGUUUGAAGGGGUUUUUGUCCACUGAUUUCCCUUUUCACGCACCCCAUUGCUUAGUACGUGUGGUGAAAGUUGUUUCUUUCUUCCUUUCUUUCUUUCUUUUUUUUUUU